CCGAGUCGACCCGAGUGACUCUAUGCCUUUCUCCUCCGACCGUCUCUCUCUGUCUUCAGAUGCAUAUGUAAAACCCCAUCUUCCAUUUUUGAUCUCUUCUUCUUCCUCCUCACUACGCCCUCGCCGCCGCACAACCCUAAGCUCCUCGGCUUGUCACAGAAGCCUAAUCUCCGUUCCGCCUGAAACCUAAGGUCCGCCCCCUCCGGUGCCGCCCGAUGGUCCGCGCGUACACACAGGAUCAUGUGUACCACCACCCGUGGGACCGCGUGACGACGGCCGCCUGGCGCAAAUUCACGGAUCCGGACACCCCGGCCCUCCUCUCCCACAUCGUCGACGUCCACACCCUCCACCGCCGCCUCGACCCCGCCUCCGGCCGCCUCCACGCCGUCCGCUCCAUCACCGUCCGGUCGCCACCCCUCCCCUUCAUCCUCCGCCGGAUCCUCGGCCAGGAUGCCGUCGUCUGUCACUGCGUCGAGUCCACGGUGGUCGACGCACGCGGGCGGUCCAUGGAGAUCGUGGUCCGCAACGCCAGCCUCCGUGGCCUGCUCGAGGUGGAGGAGCGGUCCACCUACCGGCCCCACCCGGACCUGCCGGAGGGGUGGACCGCCUUCCGGCAGCAGACCAGCAUUCGGUGCAAGCCGCUCUCGGCGCUUGCGGCCGUCGCCGAGAAGGUGGAGCAGCGGUGCGCCGAGAGGUUCCAGCAGAACAGCGUCAAGGGGAGGGAGGUCGUCGAGAGGAUCUGCAAGUAUCUGGAGGCCGAGGCCUCCGCGGCCAUUUCUUGCUGAUGCCGUGCAAUCUGUGAAGGGACAAACACGAGACAAAGGUUAUGAUGCUGGCUGUGGAUCUAUGGAUUACUCAAGGAUAGGUAUGAGUGAGUUCCUUACAACUGGUUUCGAAAUAUUUUUGCAUGUUUUCACUUCCACUUCUUUCUGGGUUACCCUUAAAUGGCUAAAGUGCUGAUGAGAAUCUCCUGUUAGAUUGGACUAUAUUCCUUGUGCAACCCCAUUCAUGUUCUUCUACAUAUUAGAUGCCCAUAUAAUUAUGAAAGAAAUGGUCUUACAUAGAUGGUAUGUCACAGUUCAGAUAACUAUAACUGAUUUAUCAACCUUAUCGAACUUUCCAUUUUAAGCUAGUGUUAAUGGUAGUAGACUUGUCUAGUCUUUAUUAGUUGAUUGGUCGUCUUUCAUUACAAGCUUUCUCACUUAGUAUUUUAAUAUUCUCAUGUAAACAAAAAUAACUCAAAAUCAAAAUAUAACAUGGUGCAUGUAAGUUGUAGUUCAAUUGUGACUUCACACAUCGUGAUGAAUCGUCAAGUUAGGAUCAAAAGUCCUUUCUUACUUAAAUAUCUUAUCAUGUUUAGUACUAGGUUAGUUAUGAUAUCAUUUUAUGAUAAUUCACUUGAUGAGAUAACAGAUCUACUAACUUUAUUAAGCUUUAAUCACUAUCAUAAAAUGCUUAAGAUCAAAUUAGUGUUUGUAAACCCAUCUAGUGCUGUACUUAGAUUACCACCUCAACUACAACUCAGAACUUAGUUUCAAAAUAAACCCAGCACUUAUAGUUUUGGAUAAUCUUGAAUAAUAUCCCCCAAUGAAUUAGCAUGUAGGCUUGAACUAACAAGCUAUUUGAUUGCCUAGAAAUCUAUGCCAUCUGUAAAUUUAAUUAGAAGUAAUUUACUUACAAAUACUUGAUUGCAUACAAUAUAUCAUUUGCAGCAUAUACAUACAAUUACAUAUUUACAUGCUGCAACAUUAUUGUGAUCUAAACUUCGGCAUGUUGCAUUCUCCUUGGAUGGUGUACAGCUAAAAAGUGAAUGUGGGUUCUCUUCCUUCCAUCAUACUAGUAAAAUUUGCUAUUUGCUGUGAAAUAACUUCAUAUCAUUAAGCAAGAAAAUAUGACCAAAUACAAUUAAUUACCUCAGUGUCCAAAUGGGCUCCCCACCUUGUACAAGUGCUUAGAACAGUGCCCAAGUAAACCAUAUAGAAACUUCACAUUCCCAGAGAAGACCAAACUCUCCAAACCAAUCAAGAAAUCCUUUGCAAACAUAGAAUAACAUAACAGUGUACAUGCUAAAUAAUAGUUUAAUAAUAAUAGUGCAAAAUGUGCAUUAAGAACAUGCUCAAUGUAACAAUUUUCAUCAUCCUUGCUGAGAUAGGUCAGCUCCAUGGAUGUUACUCUUGCAUCAUAGCCCCAAAUUCAUGUGUUCCAGGACAAGAGCUACUAUAUUGGUGUGCAGUGGUCUUCCUGCUCAAGAAUUUAUUUCAUUCAGAGCUGACGCAGUCCUCACCACUUGAAAGGUCCAUAUCAUGGGACAUCAGUCAUCACACCACAGCAGGCCACACCCAUUGCCAUUAACUCAUUGCAAUGGCCCCACUGUUAUCUAAAAGAGCCCUUUGAUGGGAUUAGGAUUUCUCUUCUUCUCUGGGAGAUCAGAUCAUGUAAUUUGAAGUGGUAGUAGAGCAAGACUACAUCAAUUUGAUCAGUGUUCAUUUUACCUGUCAGGUAAAGAAGAUAAUUUGAAGAGGGAAAGUACAUUGCAAUCCCCUGCUUAAGGUUUGGACUUAGUGGGGAACGUGCUUGAGCACAAAAGACCACCGUGUUGUCAUGUUCUUCGAGUGGGUUGUGUCUUUGUGUCUGUGAUCAUUAAGCCCAUAGACUUAUUUCAUGGCUGACACCUUCAGAAAGAACUUGGAUGAAGGAUGUUGUGGCUCUUGGAGAUCUCUUGUCCAUCGACGCUGGAUGGGCUGCAGCAUUUGGUCAUCAAACAACAACAUCCACCGCAGAUUAAGAGCAUGACAAUUGAAUCAAUCACGGGUAGCUUCCAGCCAAAAACAUUUCAUGUGCAUUGACUUGCCACUUCCUAUGGUUUAGACUUCAGAGGGGAGAAAAAGGAAAAAAGAAA